UUGAAAUACCGGCGACGGCUGAAGUGACUGUGGCCUAAACGUUAAGGGAUUACAGAGCCCGAAUUUUCAGGCUGCACAAUGAGUCAAACUAAGGACAAUGCACGACUUAAGAGCUACAAGAACAAGUCUCUCAACACAGAUGAAAUGAGAAGAAGGAGGGAAGAAGAAGGCCUGCAGCUUCGCAAACAAAAGAAAGAUGAGCAGCUGUUUAAGAGAAGAAAUGUUGACACAGCACAGGAGGAUGGCAACUUGGAUGAUGACGGGAUGGCAGACAGCGGCUACCUGGAGUCCCAGGCAAACAACAUGGACCCACUCUUGGGUGGAGUCAUCUCUGAAGACAUGAUUCAAAUGAUCUUCUCUAGUUCUCCUGAGCAGCAACUUAUUGGGACUCAGCGAUUCAGGAAACUACUUUCAAAAGAGCCCAAUCCACCCAUUGAUGAAGUCAUUGCUACUUCUGGUGUGGUGGAGCGGUUUGUCGAGUUCUUAAAGAGGCGAGAAAAUUGCACACUGCAGUUUGAGGCGGCGUGGGUGUUGACCAACAUUGCAUCUGGUACAUCCCACCAGACGCGUGUGGUCAUCCAAGCAGGCGCUGUGCCCAUUUUCAUCGAGAUGCUCAGCUCGGACUUCGAGGACGUACAGGAACAGGCUGUGUGGGCUUUGGGAAACAUUGCAGGAGACAGCACGGAAUGCAGAGACUUUGUCAUCGACUGCAACAUUCUGCCCUCCUUGAUUCAGCUGCUUGCUAAACAAAAUCGUCUUACAAUGAUGAGGAACGCCGUGUGGGCACUCUCAAACCUGUGUAGAGGAAAAAACCCUCCCCCAGACUUCACAAAGGUGUCGCCAUGUUUGAAGGUGCUGUCUUGGCUUCUUUUCGUCAACGACACGGACAUUAUGGCAGACGCAUGUUGGGCUCUCUCUUAUUUAUCUGAUGGUCCCAACGAUAAAAUCCAGGCUGUUAUUGACUCCGGAGUUUGUCGCAGACUGGUGGAAUUACUGAUGCACACUGAUUAUAAGGUGGUGUCUCCAGCGCUGCGGGCGGUCGGUAACAUUGUCACUGGUGAUGAUUUACAGACACAGGUGAUCUUAAACUGCUCUGCACUUCAGUCUCUACAUCACCUGCUGAGCAGUCCGAAAGAAUCGAUCAAGAAAGAGGCCUGCUGGACCAUUUCCAACAUCACUGCAGGAAACCGUGCACAGAUACAGAUGGUGGUGGAUGCAGGUCUGCUGCCUCCUCUCAUCAACAUCCUACAGGUGGCUGAGUUUCGCACACGAAAAGAGGCAGCAUGGGCGAUAACCAAUGCAACCUCUGGAGGCUCCUCACAGCAGAUAAGGCACCUUGUGGAACUGGGUUGCAUCAAGCCUCUGUGUGACCUACUCACUCUGAUGGACUCCAAAAUUGUGCAGGUGGCUCUUAAUGGGCUGGAGAACAUCCUCAGACUGGGUGAACAGGAAGCCAAGAGAGGAGGGGGCAUCAACCCGUACUGCGCUCCCAUUGAAGAGGCUUAUGGUCUGGACAAGCUUGAGUACCUGCAGGGUCACGAGAACCAGGAUGUGUACCAGAAAGCUUACGACCUGGUGGAGCGCUACUUCAGCACAGAUGAAGAAGACGCGUCUCUGGCUCCCGCUGUGGAUCUGCAGCAGCAACAGUUUCUCUUCCAGCAGUGUGAGGCCCCAAUGGAAGGCUUCCAGCUAUAAACCGAAAAUGUUCCUCUUCCGUGCUUCACCUUCAUCCUCUGCUCAUCUCUCUCUCUCUCUCUCUCUCUCACCCUGUUGAGAGCACCAGGCCUCUGCCUCUCCCCAUACUACUCCCAGAGAGAAAGACCUUAUCAUGAAUAUGAAUGAAACGUAGAGGAGCGCGUGCGUCCAUCGUAUGUGGGUCAAGUUCUGCUGUUCUGUUGCCCAGUUUGUGAGGGAUCCACUAGUCCUCCCUCUUGUCCAACUUUUCACAACCUCAAAUCUGGCCUCCAUGUCAUCGUUGUCCCAAGUACGCCUUCCUUCUAUUUCCCCCAAAACGAUGCUCGGCCACCUUCCACUCGCCCCUCCCCCCCCUCAACGAUUGACCCCAGAUUGUGUGAGUAAAGCACCAAUGACUCACAGUCAGAAACGGACAAGCUUACCUAACAAACAAAGGAAGACAGAUCCACUGGAUGGACCAUGCAGCAGUGACACCACUUGGUCACAGGACUGACCCAACCACAGUCUACUGACCUCAUAACGGCACUUAACUCAAAGAGGGAAAGCCUCUUCCAGUCUCUUCUGCAACAUUAGACCACUUGUGGACAAAUUAGAAUGUCAGUGUGUCUUUAGAAGACGGGGCUUGUCUGAAACUAUGCUGGCUGCUUCUGAUCCCACCUGGAUCUCAUAUCAUGCAUUCCCCUCAUCCAGUUAUUGGACCUCCGACCAGCAUCGGCUCCUGGACGGCCUCCCGCCUCUGGUGUGACGUGAGUAAACCCAUGGAAUCAUGGGAAGAUGGCUGUCUUCCCUCGCACUGAGACAAUUGGACGGACUUAGACAAGACUAAACCGACAUUGUAACUUUGGAAACUGUCCGGUAGCAGACCAGCGGGGAUUUUUACUCUCCACUUUUUUCAUUUAAUUUGCAGCACUUUAGUUCAGGACUGAUGCCUGCACCUAUUGGAUUAACUUACCGGAUGUGGACUCGGCUCUUCCUAUCUCAGGAUGCAACGUGUAAAGAGGAGUGGCCUGUUCCUCUGACCCGUCAGAUAUGACAAGGAUUCGCGUCAGUUCAGCUCCGUCCCAAGAGAGUGAAGACGAAGAGCAUGGUGGACUGGAACUGUCAGCACACUAAUUACAAUCAGACCUGGCUGCCUCAGCAAAGCCUCUCCAACUCUUUCUGACCCCGAAUCAGAGUGAGAAUUUGGCAACGGAGCGGUUUGAAACAUCCAUCUUAUGAGUUUGGGUUUCUAAGUUGAAGCCAAAUCACCCACACAUGAACCAGCGGUUGUAGUUCUUGUUUUUCAACUUAAAAUUGUUUGGAGUUAGCCUCUUAACCGGACGCUGACGGUGCCAUAAUACCGAACCUUCAAAAACCUUCCUGAUAAUUUAAAGGAAAAAAAAAAAGUGUAUCCAGAUCAAACUUGAAAUAGGAAAUCUGAAUGUUUACUGAAUUCUCUUUUUGCGGCUUAAAUCUUAUUUGUCGGGGUCUCUGUGAGAGACAGCUAGCGCUACAUUUUCAUGACCGUUGGUGUUAUUGAGUUUGUG